ACUUCUGCCGUUGCUGUCAGCAGCUCGUCUGCUCAGGCUUCCUCGACCUCAGCUCCUCGCAGCACUGGCAACGGAAAGCGUGGUCUCGCUUACAACACUGCUUCUCUGCUCACCUGCUUCGAGAACAACGAGCAAGUCACCUGGGCCUACAACUGGGAUUCUGCAAGCGACGGCUUGACUAGUGCUUUCAACUACGUUCCUCAGCUCUGGGGCACCACUAACGGCCACACCACCAACUGGAACUCGAACGCCAACACCGCCAUUGCUAACGGUGCGACUCACUUGAUGUCUUUCAACGAGCCUGACCUGGCUUCCCAAGCCAACAUGUCUCCUGGAGACGCUGCUGCUGCUUACAAGACAUGGAUGAUGCCCUUCGCUGGCAAGGCCAAGCUCGGCGCCCCUGCUGUUACCAACGGCGCAGAUGGCACUGGUCUUGACUGGCUCGCUGCCUUCCUCGAGGCUUGCGAUGGCUGCCAGAUCGACUUCGUCGCCAUCCACUGGUACGCUGAUGUCUCGCUCACUGACUACUUCAAGUCUCACGUCCAAAACGCCACUGAUGUUGCUGGCGGCAAGCCCGUUUGGGUUACUGAGUUCGCCCCUACUGGCGCUUCAGACGCCCAGAUUGCUACUUUCCUCGAGGAUGUCAUGCCCUGGAUGGACAGCCAGUCGUAUGUUGAGCGUUACAGCUACUUCAUGGCUAGCGAUGGUGCUCUCCUCAGCGGCACUGAACCUUCAACUUUCGGCCAGACUUACGCCACCUACUCUUCUUAA